GCUACUAUCGCGCUAGCUUUGCGGUGGCUGACAAGUUAUGUCAGCAAGCGCAAACAAGUUGUACGAAGCUACUGCUGCUCUUGUAUUUAGCCAGCUAGCCUACGUGGAUAACCGUCACUCUGUCUGUCUGUCUGUCUGUCUGUCUGUCUGUCUGUCUGUCUGUCACUAUUAGCUACGGAAAUGGACGAGGGUCUCUGUUAGCUGUCCCUUUCCCGAGUACUGAAAGCAGCGCUUUACGCAGUGGCUGUUUAGCACAACAAUGUCAAAUAUAUACCUGUGUAUGAACAUCUAUCUAUCUAUCUAUCUAUAUCUAUCUAUAUAGAUAUAGAUAUAGAUAAAUGCACACGUGUUAUCUAUCUAUCGAUUAUUAUCUAUCUGAUGGAUACAACUCUGUGUAUCCGGAACAUAUAUAUGUACAUAACAUCCGACUAUUUUUAUAAUAAAUGAUAACACCAAAUAUGAAAUGAUAAUCGUGUCCAUAAAUAUUCAAAAUAAUAAUUACUGAACUAUAAAAGAGAGCAAAGAGAACAAAAACUUUGUUUCAUGAGCACAAAACUCGCAAACGAGUUUUCCUGGACGAAGGGCUCGCGGACAUGACGAGGCGGCGCGUGGACCUUCUAGAACAUUGUCGGAGCCGCAGCGGCGCGAAAAAUCCACUGCUGUCCAUCCUGAACCGAGAAAGAAUGGCGUUAAGAAAAGUUCUUUCGUCGAAGCCCCAAACCCCUUACUUUAAGCCCCCGGCAAUACACAUUUGUGUGGUUGCACUGAAGGACCAGCAUAGGGUCACGAGGUGGGACUUCCAGGACGGCAGAGCGGUGGCGGCCGUCACAAAAGCUAAUGCCGUCAUGGCCAUCAGCGACGGGCACUCCGUGGCCAAAGUGACCCUGUAUGAAGACCUGAAGGCCCAAGUUCAAGAGGGUGCUUCCUACGUGGUUCGUGGCUAUAACCUGAGGGGCAAUUCCCCUCCAUAUGCCUUUAAUGUCUCAAGGGAGACAGAAUUCUUUCGAAGCAGCGCCCUCGUCAUCGACGAGAAAUUACAAAACGAGGCCUUGAGGCUGAUCAAUCCUCGCUCGCCCCUGACCCCCCUCAGCACCUGCAGGGAAUCUGCUGGUCUGGUCACGGUGGAAGGGGAGGUGGUCGAGGUAAGUAACUUUCCGUUUAACGGGACUGCGAUAUAUAUAGCCAAUGUAGGUUGUUGCUGUAAAAUUAAGAGUGUAAGUCCGCCGGACUGCAGCUAUGAGAACAUUAACACCCAAAUCCACUGUGUUCAGGUGUCUGAGCUGAAGGAGGUGGUGGUGGCGAGGGACCGCGUGCCACUGCAAAACAUCACGUUGAAGCAGGGGGAAACAAAGGUGCCCGUGUCCCUCUGGAGGGAAACCGCCCUCCACUGCUGUGAGAUCGGGAACGUCCUGAGAGUGUCCCACCUGAGAGGGUCGGAGUCCAAUUAUGGAUUCCGGCUCCAAACAACGGUGGAGUCAGCAAUUGAGGCGGUCAGUUCCACGGCAGCGGAGGAGGUUGGAGUUUACGGGGCAACACCGGCACGCGGGGCUCCCGGAAGCCUAAAAGUGCUCCUGGAGGACGACAGGACGCUGUUCAUCGAGGAGAGCAAGUGGCUGCCAAUAGCUGCCAUAAUGGAAGCGCCACCCUUACCGGUCAAAAUAACCGUUAAAGGCAACACCAUUGUCGCCAUUGAAGCCAUGCGGAAGGAGGAGUAGCUGUUUGAGUUUCUUUUUGUUGUUGCUGUUUUUGCUGUUGUUUUAAUGUGUUCAUUAGGAAUCGGUUCUCCGUUGUUCAAAUUACCUUUCACAUUGUAUAGGAUGUUAUUAAUCAAUUUGCCAAAGUUCAUGUGUUCUGUUUUUGUUCUAUGUUAACCUUUUGUAAAAUGGAUGUAUAAUCAGUUUAAUCAAUUCAAUCAGUUUAAUCAAUUCAAUCAGUUUAUUCAAUUCAAUCAGUUAUGACAAAUCCAUGUAAUCGUGCAGUCUGUGUUCAAUGUCCAAUCAAUACAUGUUUUAAUCUCUGAUUACUGAUUCAAUUUUCAAUCAAUAAAUGUUUGUCACAAUUCUCGACUUUUCUUUUAAAGUCUUCAAAAUCCCCGUGUAGCCACGGAUAGUGCUAUUAUUUGAUUACUGUGUGGAUGUUAAAAAGCCUUUAAUUUUUGCCCACAAAUGAUAAUUUACUCCUCGCGUGUUUCAGCAUUAACUCUGAUCAUUUGUAGCCGGCAUCGUGUGACGUCUGCCUUUGUUAGAGCGCUCUGUUUAGGACAGUUCUAAUCAGUCUGUCGCUUCCACUCUGCCGCAACUCUCCCCAUAGCAACCAGAGCCCCGCACACACAAGCAGCCGCUACGUCACACAUAAACAAAUGACUCUGUAUCCAGUCAGCUGACGCUACCGGCAGCUAGCUUUCGUCGGCUAGCGCUACUAUCGCGCUAGCUUUGCGGUGGCUGACAAGUUAUGUCAGCAAGCGCAAACAAGUUGUACGAAGCUACUGCUGCUCUUGUAUUUAGCCAGCUAGCCUACGUGGAUAACCGUCACUCUGUCUGUCUGUCUGUCUGUCUGUCUCUCACUAUUAGCUACGGAAAUGGACGAGGGUCUCUGUUAGCUGUCCCCUUCCCGAGUACUGAAAGCAGCGCUUUACGCAGUGGCUGUUUAGCACAACAAUGUCAAAUAUAUACCUGUGUAUGAACAUCUAUCUAUCUAUAUAGAUAGAUAGAUAGAUAUAGAUAUAGAUAAAUGCACACGUGUUAUCUAUCUAUCGAUUAUUAUCUAUCUGAUGGAUACAACUC